AUGGCGCCGAGGAGUGUUCUGUUGUAUGUGAAGCUGUUAAUGGCGAGUUUUGUGCAAAUAGGUAUUCAAUUUACCUACUCGGCGAUUUUCAGUUUAGCCGGUCCCCUUUUCAGCACACAAUUCAAAAUGAGUUCUGCGGGGACGAAUGUUAUUUUCAUGUUAGUUGGUCCAUUGAUUGGAUUUUUCGUACAACCCAUCUUUGGUGCCAUUGGUGAUCGUUGCACCUUUGUUUGGGGGAGAAGAAGAAUCUUCUUAGCUGUCGGAGCAUUCAUUGAUGUUCUUGGGAUGGGUAUUAUUGCUGCGUCGACAUUCAUUGAUAAAGCAUUAGUCGAUGAAUCCUCCUCAUCAUUCUCUGCAAGCAUUCAAUCAAGUUCUACCGUGAAAGAUACAUUCAGUAAUCACUUGGUUGGUGCUUUCUUGGCACUUUUUGGCCUCUUUGUCGCAUUUACUGGUGUCAACUUGAUGCAAGGACCUUCACGAGCCAUUGUCUCUGAUAUCUUCGAUGCUGAAAAUCAGCAAGAUGCCAACUUAAUGAUUAAUGCGUGCUGUGGAUUUGCUUCUGCUGCUUGUUAUGGUAUUUCCGCGGGCACAGUCGGUAACAACAACAUGUUUUUGAUCAUGUUUGCUAUUAGUAGUGCGACGGUAGCUGUGACUGUUCUUCCGACUUGUCUCUUCUCUAAAGAAAAACGGUUUGAACCGACUGAUGGGAAGAAGUUGAAUAUCUUAUCUCCCUUCAUUGACUUGUUCCAAGCCAUUAAGAUGAUCCGACUUGAUAUCAUCUUUAUCUUGUUAGCUUUAAUGUUCGGAUG